GAUUUGCUAAGGCGAGAGAAGAAAGGAGUUAGAGCAUGUUCUGAGAGCGGGUACUGCGAACUGCCUUACUAUGCUGUAGCCCCAAUCCCCCUGCACUAUCCGGAAUCAAAACGUGCAACUUAGGUUUCAUCUUGUUUACAAAGAUAGCUAAAAACAUUGUUGAUCGGGGAAGGAGAGCCUCAUGAGUCGGCCUCGUGGUUUGCAUCGACAUCAUGGAUUUAACUAAAAUGGGUAUGAUCCAGCUUCAGAACCCCAACCACCCCAAUUCCCUGCUGCAGAAGGCCAACCAGAUGCGUCUGGCUGGAACUCUGUGCGACGUGGUCAUCAUGGUAGACAGCCAGGAGUUUCACGCUCACAGGACUGUGCUAGCCUGCACCAGCAAAAUGUUUGAAAUCCUCUUUCACCGCAGCAGCCAGCAUUAUACCCUGGACUUCCUAUCACCAAAGACUUUUCAGCAGAUUUUGGAGUAUGCUUACACUGCCACGCUCCAGGCCAAGGUGGAGGACUUGGAUGACCUUCUGUAUGCAGCCGAGAUACUUGAGAUUGAGUACUUAGAAGAGCAAUGCCUGAAGAUCCUGGAAACCAUCCAGUCCUCAGAUGAAAAUGAUGCUGAGGUCAACGCUAACGAUGGAAGCACAGAGGAGGACGAUGAGCGCAAAGGUCACAAUGGAGCCAAAAACUCAAAAAAGCAUUCCAUGGGGAGCCUCUAUCUGUCAGGUACACAGCAAGUCUCUAACAUGCCUGGGAUCGUCGACCAGAGUCCCUCCGUCUCCACUUCCUUCGGUGUCUCCACCCUGAGUCCCACCAAAGCUGCUGUGGACAGUCUGAUGAGCAUCGGCCAGUCUCUGCUCCAGCAGGGCUUUGGUGGUGAACAACUAGUUCACGGCAACUCCAACCAACUGAUGACAGAGAUCAAGACUGAGAUGAUGCAAGUGGAUAUGGGCGGCAAUGGCCAUGAAAGCCCACAGAACAUGGAGUCCAGUGCCUCCAGCAAUGGAGAACGAAGUGGGGAGGACAGGAACAGAGAUGGUCCCGGAACGCCAACCAGGAGCAGCGUGAUCACCAGUGCCCGUGAGCUGCAUUACGUCCGUGACGAAGGCAUGGGCGACUCUCAAGGUGAAGUCAGUCAGAUGGGGGUGGAAGCAAUGGCUGGAAUGACUGAGAAACAUCUGGCCUCUCUCUACUCCUUACCUGUCAAUCAUAAAUCAGAUGCCAUGAUGUCCAUGCCGGUAUCCAUGGCGUCCGCUCUGCCCAUGUCCCCAGCCCUGGCUAUGUCUAUGGACUUCAGUGCCUAUGGGGGACUCCUGCCUCAGAGUUUCAUCCAGAGAGAAUUCUUCAGCAAGCUUGGGGAGCUGGCAGUGGGCAUGAAACCAGACGGCAGGAACCAGCAUGAACGUUGCAAUGUUUGCGGUGCAGAGCUACCAGAUAAUGAAGCUGUGGAGCAGCACAGAAAGAUGCACAGUGGAAUGAAGACCUACAGCUGUGAGCUGUGUGGGAAGAGCUUCCUGGACAGCCUCCGUCUACGAAUGCAUUUGCUGUCUCAUUCAGCUGGUGAGAAGGCCAUAGUUUGUGACCAGUGUGGCGCCCAGUUCCAGACAGAAGAAUCCCUGGAGGCUCACCGGCAGAUCCACACCGGCUCGGACAUGGCCAUCUUUUGCCUGCUUUGUGGGAAGCGCUUCCAGACCCAGACAGCGUUGCAGCAGCACAUGGAAGUCCACGCCGGGGUUCGCAGCUACAUUUGCAGCGAAUGCAACCGGACUUUCCCCAGCCAUACUGCACUCAAGCGUCACCUACGCUCACACACAGCCGGGGACCACCCAUUUGAGUGUGAGUUCUGCGGGAGCUGCUUCCGAGAUGAGAGCACGCUGAAGGGCCACAAGCGCAUCCACACCGGAGAGAAGCCCUAUGAAUGUAACGGGUGUGGGAAGAAGUUCAGCCUCAAGCACCAGCUGGAAACCCACUACCGUGUGCACACAGGUGAGAAGCCAUUCGAGUGCAAGCUGUGCCACCAGCGAUCCAGGGACUACUCGGCCAUGAUCAAGCACCUGCGCACCCACAAUGGCGCCUCGCCCUACCAAUGCACCAUCUGCCUGGAGUACUGCCCCAGCCUGUCAGCCAUGCAGAAGCACAUGAAAGGCCACAAGCCCGAAGACAUCCCCCCAGACUGGCGUAUAGAGAAGACCUACCUGUACCUCUGCUAUGUCUGAGUCCAGGAAAGUGAAUGAAGAGGGUAGGGGACGGGUUGAGAGGUAAGGGGAAUGUAACAAAGCGGAUAGGAGGCAUGAGUGUUGACGAUCGAGGAAUGUCAACGACAAGUGACUGGAAAGCAAGAGGGUUUGUUUUCUAUUUUUUGUUUUCAUGCAGAGGCAAGCG